GAAGAUGUUGUGAGUGCGCCGGUACAUCCUUGAAAAACAGUCCAUGACCUUGGGCUUUGGCUGAGUAAGGAGUAUGUGAGAGGAGCGCGGCGCGCCCCCGUCAGCCUGGCUGAGAAAAGGCGCAUCCUCCUGUUUUAUUGCAGUCACGUUUUCUUGCACUGAUUUGAGAUGAGGCAUAAAGGGAUGUGUAUUUAUCCCGUCAAUAUUAUAUUAGCAGCCUAAAAUAGCCUACAGGAGGAUGACGUCUCUCAUCGUGUUUUGCUUUUCCCUCAUUAUUUAACCUUUCAGGUUUCCUCCGUUUGAGCGCGCUAUUUUCCACAACCUACAAUGUCUGCAUCGGACCGAGCAACUGCACCUCGUUGAACGAAAGAAACCAAGAAUCAGACCCACCUUCAUAACCUUGUGAUGAUUCUCUACCUGAUCCCAUUACUUAACGAGUAAGACCACUUAUUUUGGAAUUGGAUGUGUAGCAGAAAAAGUCAGAUCUGGUGAUAAAUUGCGAUGCUUUUCAGCCAUCAACAAUGAUGCUCUGGUUUGAGAGCGGAGAACUUGCCUAGAAAGGUGGCGGACAUUGUCCAGCUCAACUCAGCGGUUAUGAGGUACCUGUGGUCCUGGUUCUGAAUGCAGCGAAGAGAGACACCUACCCGGGUGUCACCGUCAGCUUUUGAUGCUGCGCCGAAGGAUGGCAUACUCCGACCCGUCGUCGGGCAAAGAUAUACUCGGCAAUAGAUCCCUGUGUUUCAUAUUUAUUUGCGCAUUUGGACUCGUCACGCUUUUGCAACAGAUUCUUUAUGGAAAAAAUUACAUCAAGAGUGCGCAACAGUUUAGCCGAGUCAAAGGGGACGAGACCGGAAAUUGGACCGGCCCCGUUAAUUUCUUCGAUGACGGAUCUCUGAAGCCUGCCAGAAAUGGAAGGAAAAGAUGUUUCCGUCAGAAUAUUCAGCCAGAUUCACAGAUCUCCGUAAUAGUCACACCCUGCCUAGCCGAUAUUAAGAAGAAAAAAAACCACUCUCAAAGGUAUCUGGAAAAUUAUGAUGGCCCUUUUGAAUUCAACUCCACGGCUUGCAGGGAGCUCAGACAGGAGAUUAUGGACGUCAAAGUCCUGACAAUGGUGAAAACCUCAGAGCUGUUUGAAAGAUGGCGAAACCUACAGGUCUGCAGAUGGGAGCAGAACAAGGAGGAGACCAGCAACUUUAAGAUGUCUCUAUCCCGCUGCUGUAAUGCUCCAUCCUUUUUGUUCACCACCAAGAAAAACACUCCUGCAGGAUCCAAGCUGAGGUAUGAGGUGGAUACCAGUGGCAUCCUUCCCAUUACCACAGAGAUCUUCAAGAUGUUCCCAGAUGAUAUGCCGUAUUCCAAAUCCCAGUUCAAAAAAUGUGCCGUCAUUGGAAACGGUGGUAUCAUCAAGAACAGCAAAUGUGGAAAAGAAAUCGAUUCCGCUGAUUUUGUUUUCAGAUGCAACGUGCCACCCAUCAAUGAGAAAUACUCAGUGGAUGUGGGCACCAAAACAGACCUGGUGACCAUAAAUCCAAGCAUUAUUACAGAAAGAUUUCAGAAGCUGGAGAAAUGGCGGCGGCCAUUUUACGAAGUCCUCCAGAACUAUGAGAACUCAUCAGUGGUGCUACCCGCCUUUUACAACACCCGCAACACUGAUGUGUCUUUCCGAGUCAAGUACAUGCUAGACGAUUUUGACUCCCAAAGAGGCGUCUUCUUCUUCCACCCGCAGUAUCUCCUGAACGUGCAGCGUUUCUGGGCGGUGCAGGGCGUUCGGGCAAAACGCCUCAGCAGCGGCCUCAUGCUAGUGACUGCUGCCUUGGAGCUCUGCGAAGAGGUCCACCUCUAUGGUUUCUGGGCGUUUCCCAUGAACCCCGCAGGCAUCUUUAUUACUCACCACUACUAUGACAAUGUGAAGCCAAGGCCUGGCUUCCACGCUAUGCCUCAUGAAAUUUUUAACUUCAUCCACAUGCACACGCGGGGGAUCAUCAGUGUACAUACAGGGCACUGCACAUGAUCUUCUUUCUGGUUUUAAAAUUAAUUAGUUUUGUUUUUGUUAGGAUUAUUCACUUGGCAAUGGGAGUGCACACUUAUUUGCUCUGAUUAGUUCAACAAUAUGGUGAAGAUUGCUCACUUGGACACGUUUCUCUUUUCAAAGAGCCUUUACUGUUGUCAUGUCACUGUGGCGAUCUUUGAGUCUCUGUCUAUAGGAUGCUUGUGUUUAAUGUAAAAAGUGAUCUUCAUAAUAGUGUUUCUGUGAAGUUUUUGAAGUGGCCCCGCUGUACAGAAGUGUUUUCUACUUGACUGCACAGGUAUUGAUGCUGAAAAGGGGAUGCUGUGGGGGUGGCAUCAUGCCCUUAUCUUAACUUUCUCUUGGCCAGUCUGUGGGUGUGGCAGCUUAAUGUUUGUGUGAAACAAGACUAAAUACUAUAGUUUUAAUAAAUGAACAUCAGAAUACACUGCUGUAACAUGUACUUGUCUACUUUUGUAAUCUAUUUCCUAUUACUCUGAUUCACGGUUUGAGUCUUUUCAAACUCUGUUAAAAAGGCCUGUUUUCAUUGGCCUAGUUUCUCCCUCAAAAAAUAUUCCCCAGUAUUUAAGGUGAGACACUGAUGUAUCUUUCUUUUGGUUUGGGGCAAGAACUGUCACAAAACAAAGCAGCAUGCUGCUGCAAAACAACCCAGCUUUCGAUCUUGUCUUAAGCCAUUUUUGCCUUAUAUGAGAUAAAACCCCUUUGGACAAUGUGCCAUGCACCCACGUGUCCUGCUUAUGUACAAUUACCCUAUCACUGAGUGAAAUGUUAGUUUGGCUCUUUAAUUAAAAGACAUUUAAGACCUUCUACGAUGUAAAAAAGGACAUGUCCUUUCUGGCUCAUGUUCUAUCAAAAUUAUCCUCUAUAAACCUCAUUGCCAUGAAAUGCUCUGCAUGAAUUUACUCUAUACUUGGCUUUGUGUGUGCCUGCUUUAAUGAUCACUGGAAUAUGUUUACACUUAAGCCUUUUUACAGUGCAUUGGAAGAUGCUGACAGGACACACAGAAAGUCCAAGUCACCUGUGUAAUAUAGUAAUAACUGAUCAAAUGGUGCAAGAAUGAUGGUGGUUGCUGCCCUUGCUUGUUGUAAUAAAACUCUUUUUCUUUUGGUGUUA